AUGGAACCCCCAAGGGGUUUGUGGGCUUCUUCAUGGAGCUUCAUCCGUUUCUUGCCUUUUUUCGUUGGCCUCCUCGUACUCGGCUUCGUUAAAGGUAUCAUUAUGUUCCCAGUGGUAUUUCUCAUAAUAAUAACCGGAGCCUCUAGCAUAAUAUUCGGACUUUGGCCUAUCCACAGCUUUUAUACUUACUAUUGCAUUUUGAGUACAAAAAAAUUCGGACCGGCUUUGAAGCUCAUACUCUGCAUAUUCCUUCCUGCCAUCCUAAUAGCAUGGCCGCCUAUCGGGAUUGCUUGCAGUGUUAUAGGUGGGGCCGCAUAUGGCCUUCUUGCACCAAUGUUUGCCACUUUUCAGGCAGUUGAGGAAGGGAAGACGGACAAAUUUUAUCACUGUAUUUUCGAUGGAAUUUGGAGCACUUUCGAGUCAAGCUUCACGAUAAUUAGGGAUUUUCUGGAUGUUUGUUACUAUUCUUACUUCUCCAUUAUGGAUGAUUUAAGGCGUCAAGGGCCUCCAGAGGGGAAAUACUAUGAGAUUAGCUUGUUAUACGUUCCCCUAGGCCUAAUAGCCGGGGCACUGGGGUCCAUCAUUGAUCUCCCCGUGAUCACAGUUAUAGCCUUGUGCAAGAGUCCGUAUAUGCUUCUUAAAGGUUGGCAUCGGUUGUUUCACGAUUGCAUAGGGCGUGAAGGACCGUUCUUGGAGACUAUAUGCGUCCCAUUUGCCGGCCUUGCAAUUUUACUGUGGCCAUUGGCUGUUGUGGGGGCUGUGUUGGGAUCAAUUCUGUCGAGCAUUUUCUUGGGUGCUUUUGCAGCAGUUGUAGUGUAUCAGGAGAAAUCUUUCUGGUUUGGACUUUGUUAUAUUGUUUCUUCUUUGUCGAUAUACGAUGAGUACAGCAAUGACAUUCUUGAUAUGCCCGAAGGUUCCUGCUUCCCGAGGCCCAGAUACAGAAAGAAGACCCCAUCACGAACUACCUCUCAUUCUGCUUCUUUCUGGAGACCCAACUCUUUCAAAAAUCCACCCGCACGUGCAAAUUCAAUGAGCACGCCUAUGCUUGAGUUGAAGCCCCUUGAGUUAGCUGAUGCCUUGUUCAAAGAGUGUCAAAGACAUGGUGAAAUCAUGGCUUUGGAAGGUAUAAUUACCCUAAAAGACAUUGAAGAUGCAAAGAAUAACAAAGACAGUGGUGGGGUAAUAAGCAUUGGUUUACCUGCUUAUUGCAUUCUUCAGUCACUCUUGCGUUCGGCAAAAGCCAACUCUAGUGGGAUUUUGCUUGGUGACAAUGUUACUGAAAUAACUUCCUCAAACAGGCCGAAAGAUACGUUCUUCGACUGGUUUCUUAAUCCUCUAUUGAUUAUCAAGGACCAGAUUAAAGCUGACAAUCUUUCUCAAACGGAGGAAGAAUAUCUUGGCAAGUUAGUGAUAUUGAGUGGUGAUCCUUCACGAUUAAAGAAUUUGAACAUUGGUCCCGUACCUGAAUCCGAGAUUAGGCAUGCCGAACUUAAUGCAAUUGCUCGAAGAUUACGAGGGAUCACUAAAUCAAUAUCAAGAUAUCCAACUUUCAGACGUCGUUUCGAUAGUAGCAUAAAGAACAUUCUAGAAGAGCUCGGUAAGAGGAAUGGCAGUAGCAUCAAAUCCAGCACUAGUUCAAAGAACAUGGGUAGAUCGAAAAGUAUGUUGGAACGCUUUUUUAGCCAGAAAUCCUUUAAAGGCAGAUCAGACGACAAUGGUGCUGAUCAACCGGCUCAGACAGCAUCGGAGGUGGACAUUGAAAUCAGAUAA